AUGGCAACAGCAACCCCUACUUCCAGUACUAGUACCAGUAAUAAUACUAAUGACAGUAAGAAAAGAACCAAUGAAGAUGUAAUUGAUAACAUUUCAUUGACUAAAAGUAGUAAUAACAGUCUAUCGAUAAAUUCGCCCAAUGAAAAAAAUACAAUUAAUCCUAAAGAAAUAAAUAGCGCCAUGAGAAAGAAAAUGAAAAAUGCUGUUUCGAGUGUUGUAGGUCCUCGUUCCGCUUAUGCAUUUUUUUUAAAAGAACAUAAAGAUAAUAUUGCAAAACAAUUCUCCAACAUAUCGAAGAGUGAGCAUCGUAAAUUGAUUCCAAAAGUUUGGAAUCAAUUAACAUCUGAAGAAAGACAAAAAUAUCAAGAUAAAGCUGAUUUAGAUAAAAUUAGAUAUACUCAAGAAGUGGAUUUGAAAAUAAUUAUGGAACAAAAUGCUGCUGCUAAUAUUGCUAAUGCAGCCGCACAUGCUGAAAAAGAUGAUAAUCCAAAUAAACAAAUUGUAAAUACAAAUAUAAAUCAUAAAAUUUCAGGUCCUAUUGCCCCAAAUAAGCCAAUUGGAAUUGCUAAAAAUUUAGUAACAAAUAAAUAUAUUUUCCCGAAAUUCACUAAAGAUGAUACAUUAAAUGCAAGAAUGUUUUUAAAAUUUUAUGGAUCAAGAAAAUUCUUAGAUUCUUAUUUACCAGAAGAAUUAAAUUCUUUAUAUUUAUAUUUCUUAAUUAGAUUAUUAGGAUUUGAAUUAAAAGACAACGAAUUAACAAAAUCUAUUUAUAAAGCAGUACAAGAUGAAGAUGUAAAAGUAGAAUCAUCAUUAAUUUUCGUGAAUAUUGAUGAUCCAUUAUCAAAAAAACAAACUAUUAGAUUGAUAAAAGAUCUUCAAAGAGCAAUUAAUAAAGUCCUAUCGUCCAGAUUAAGAAUUGUCACAUUUUCUACUAUAGAUAAUUUCGUGACACGUUUGCACAGUGCUAAAAAUAUAAUUAUAUUGACAGGGGCAGGUGUCUCUACAUCCUUAGGUAUCCCAGACUUCAGAUCAUCUGAAGGUUUCUAUUCUCGUGUGAAGUAUUUAGGUUUAAAUGAUCCACAAGAUGUGUUCAAUUACGAGUUGUUCAAGAAAGAACCCUCUAUUUUCUAUAGUAUUGCAAAUAUGAUUUUGCCACCAGAAAAUGUUUAUUCCCCUUUACAUUCUUUUAUUAAGAUGUUAUCGGAUAAAGGGAAAUUAUUAAGAAAUUAUACUCAAAAUAUUGAUAAUUUAGAAUCAUAUGCACAUAUUCCAGCUGAUAAACUUGUUCAUUGUCAUGGUUCCUUUGCAUCUGCUACAUGUGUCACAUGUGACUGGAAAGUGUCAGGUUCCAAGAUUUUUAAAAACAUUAGAAAUGUAGAAUUACCGAUCUGUCCAAAUUGUUACAAAGAAAGAGUCAAAAUGAUGAAAUUAUACAAUCCUUACGUCAAUGGGAGUGCAGAUAUUAAUGUUAACAAUAAAAAAUUCACUUCAGCUGAAAUAGAAACGAUAUCUAAUAUCAAAUCAUAUGGUGUUCUUAAGCCAGAUAUAACUUUCUUUGGAGAGCCUCUACCGGAGAGAUUCUUUCAGUGUCUAAUGGCUGAUAUGCAUAAAUGUGACUUACUGAUCUGUAUCGGUACCAGUUUAAAAGUUGCACCUGUAUCAGAUAUUGUAAACAUGAUCCCAGCACAAGUACCGCAGGUGCUAAUCAACAGAGAUCCCGUAAGACAUGCGGAUUUCGAUUUGUCUCUCCUGGGGUUCUGUGAUGAUAUUGCUGGGUUAGUAACAAACCGAUGUGGCUGGAAGUUUAAUCAUAAGGAUUGGGAAAAACUUUCUAAUGGGAAAUACGACAUUUCUGAACAAGAAAGAGGUGUGUAUUCUGUUAAGCGUGAAAACAAUUAG